AUGUGGAGAAGUGGCGUGCUUAUAGCUUUUGGGUUUAUAGUUGGUCUGAUUAUAAGAUUCACAAAUGGAGAGCACUUGAUUGGAUUGGGAAGCUAUGAUAUGACUGGUCCAGCCGCUGGGGUAAACAUGAUGGGUUAUGCCAAUAUGGAACAGGUCACCGCCGGUGUCCAUUUCCGGCUUAGAGCCAGGACUUUCAUUGUGGUCGACGGCAUCCAAGGUCCUAGAUUUGCUUUUGUUAACCUUGAUGCUGGCAUGGCUUCACAGCUUGUCACAAUUAAAGUGCUUGAGAAACUCAAAUCAAGGUAUGGGAAUUUGUAUACUGAGAAAAAUGUGGCUAUAAGCGGCAUCCACACUCAUGCUGGUCCUGGAGGUUACUUGCAGUACUUGGUUUAUUCUAUAACCUCUCUUGGCUUUGUCAAACAAUCAUUUGAUGCAAUUGUGACGGCUAUUGAGCAGAGUAUUAUUCAGGCUCAUAACAAUCUCAAGCCCGGUUCAGUUUUCAUCAACUCAGGGGAUGUGGAAAAUGCGGGGAUAAACAGGAGUCCCAGUGCGUAUCUCCUUAACCCAGCAGAAGAAAGAGCGAGAUAUAAAUUCAAUGUGGAUAAAGAAAUGACCCUUUUGAAAUUUGUCGAUGGUGCAACCCAGAAGAGUAUAGGAGCUUUUAGUUGGUAUGCAACGCAUGGGACCUCCAUGAGCAGAGACAACAAGCUUAUCAGUGGAGACAAUAAGGGUGCAGCUGCUAGAUUCUUCGAGGACUGGUUUGCUUCCAUCACCAACUCUGCAUCUCCACCAGUCGGUGACGCAUCUGCUCAAGAGAAAGCGAAAGCAAUCAAAGCAACAGGAGGACAACCGUGUGGUAAAACUACAAGCCAAAGCUUUAAGGUGAGAAAGAAUGGCGAAGGGUCAAGAUUUGUAGGAGCAUUUUGCCAAUCAAAUGUUGGAGAUGUAACACCAAAUGUGCUCGGAGCAUUUUGCACAGAUAGCGGGAAACCCUGUGAUUUUAAUCACUCUUCCUGUCAUGGCAAUGACCAGCUUUGCGUUGGCCGAGGACCUGGAUACCCAGAUGAAAUAUUGAGCACAAAAAUCAUUGGGGAGAGGCAAUUUCAAAAGGCUGUUGAUUUAUUCAACUCUGCUACUAAGGAAUUGAGCGGCAAAAUCGAUUUUCGCCAUGUAUAUCUAAACUUCACCGAUAUUGAAGUGGAUAAAGAUGGAAAUACCAAAGCCAAGACUUGUCCUGCAGCUCUUGGUCCAGGUUUCGCCGCCGGGACUACUGAUGGGCCUGGUGCCUUCGGGUUUCAACAAGGCGACACAGAGAUCAAUGAGCUAUGGAGAAAAGUGAGGGACUUGUUGAAAGAACCCAGCCAAUAUCAAGUGGACUGCCAAAAGCCCAAGACCGUUUUGCUUGACACUGGCGAAAUGUUUGUUCCUUACGCAUGGGCGCCAGCAGUUCUUCCAAUCCAGAUACUGAGGCUGGGAAAACUGAUCAUAUUGUGUGUCCCAGGAGAGUUUACAACAAUGGCUGGUCGGAGACUGAGGGACGCAGUUAAGCAGACACUGAUCAGUAAUGGAGAAGGAGAAUUUGAUGAUGAGACUCGCGUUGUAAUAGCUGGCCUUACAAACACUUAUUCACAGUAUAUAGCCACUGUUGAAGAAUACACACAACAGAGAUACGAGGCUGCUUCAACACUCUAUGGACCACAUACACUAUCUGCAUACAUUCAAGAAUUUAGUAAACUAGCAAAAGCAAUGGCACAAGGAACCACCAUUGAAACAGGCAUCUCGCCACCCGACCUUUCAUCAGUCCAACUGAGCCUCUUACCUGAACCCUCUGGAGACUCACCUCCACCGGGCAAAAAAUUUGGUGACAUCAAACAAGAUGUGAGUUCUGGUUCGUUCAAGAAAGGAGACAUAGUAAGCGCUACAUUUUGGAGCGCUAAUCCCAGAUACGAUCUGUUAACAGAAGGAACAUUUGCGGUGGUAGAGAAGCUUCAAGAUCUUCGUUGGAUUCCAGUCUAUGACGAUGAUGAUUUUGACUUAUAUUUCAAAUGGGGAUUAGAUAACGCUACAUUUUUUGGCUUAGCAACAAUUGAAUGGCAAGUGACGGAGGAGGCUACUUCUGGGCUUUAUCGUCUUAGACACUUUGGUUCAUCCAAGAAAACGAACUCCUCUCCCAUCAAAUACUUUACUGGCACAUCCAGUGCCUUCACAGUGUCAUAGUUACAUUUGGAGCUUGUUUUAUUAGGAAAA